ACAUCGCCGGCAGAGACGGCAAUCGCCAGCUUCCUCUCUGCGCUGUCUUGUGAUUCAAAGCAGAUUCUGCUCCACUUUUUUAAAAGGGGAGCACAUGAAUGCUGGAGACCCACAAGAACAGAAUUGAGCAAGGAAAGGUGCAACAGUGAUACAAAAGUCCGGCUUUGCCAAAGUCACACAUCCAGUAAGUGGCCGAAGCAGAUCUUCAGACCCACAGUUUGGCUUCCAAAGGACCACAGUGAGUAUUUCUAAUGCUGAAACAAGAGGGUGCAGCUCUGCAGCCCAGGCGGGUGGGCCUCAGGGUGGGUAACCAAGACAGCUCAAUGCAUGUCUCCCUCAGCCGUCCCCAGCCCCUAAAAAGAGAGCUGGGUGUCCCAGUCCUCUGUGGGAUACAGUCCUCUUUCAUCACCAGUUUCCAGCCUACCCUGCAUCUCUUCCCUCUGAAUUGCAGAAACCCUCCCAGCCUCCAUGCCACCUUUCCUGGUCACCCUCUUCCUCCUUCACUCUUGCUUCCUCCAAGCAAAUGGCCACCUCCGUGAAGGAAUGACAUUGCUGAAGACCGAAUUUGCACUUCGCCUCUACCAGAGCGUGGCCGCGUGUAGAAACGAGACGAACUUCGUCAUCUCUCCUGCUGGUGUGUCCCUUCCCUUGGAGAUCCUGCAGUUUGGAGCAGAAGGGAGCACUGGCCAGCAGCUGGCAGAUGCCCUGGGGUACACUGUCCAUGACCAAAGGGUGAAAGAUUUCUUGCAUGCUGUUUAUGCCACAAUACCCACCUCCAGCCAAGGUGCCGAGAUGGAGCUGGCCUGCAGCCUUUUUGUGCAAGUGGGAACACCGCUGUCCCCCUGCUUUGUGGAGCAGGUCUCCUGGUGGGCCAACAGCAGCCUGGAACCAGCCGACCUCGGUGAGCCCAACAGCACCGCCAUCCAGACUAGCGAAGGGGCUUCCAGACGGACUGCAGGUGAGGGCCCCAGUGAGGGCCCUGGUGGCUGGCCGUGGGAGCAAGUUGGUGCAGCAUUUGCUCAGCUUGUGCUUGUGAGCACCAUGUCCUUCCAAGGCACUUGGCGGAAGAGAUUCUCCUCCACAGACACACAGAUCCUGCCUUUCACCUGUGCCCACGGCCUCGUCCUUCAGGUCCCCAUGAUGCACCAAAUGGCUGAGGUCAACUAUGGUCAGUUCCAAGACACCGCAGGACAUCAGGUGGGGGUGCUGGAGCUGCCUUACCUGGGAAGUGCAGUGAGUCUGUUCCUGGUGGUGCCCCGUGACAAAGACAUCCCCCUGAGCCACACUGAGCCACACCUUACAGCCAGCACCAUCCACCUCUGGACCACCAGCCUGAGGAGAGCGAGGAUGGAUGUGUUCCUGCCCAGGUUUAGGAUCCAAAAUCAAUUCAACUUAAAAAGCAUUUUAAAUUCUUGGGGAGUCACUGAUCUUUUCGAUCCACUCAAAGCUAACUUAAAAGGAAUUUCAGGCCAAGAUGGCUUUUAUGUUUCUGAAGCAAUCCACAAGGCCAAGAUUGAAGUUUUAGAGGAAGGCACCAAGGCAUCUGGAGCCACAGCUCUGCUGUUAUUGAAAAGGUCUCGGAUUCCUACUUUUAAAGCAGAUCGGCCAUUCGUCUAUUUCCUGAGAGAACCUAACACAGGUAUUACAGUGUUUUUUGACAGGAUUCAGAUAAAUUAUUUAUCAGUGUCUCUCUAGCAACAAGGGCUCAUUUGUCCACUAUCCCCUCAAAAAUAAGCAUUCUUUCUAGCUGUUUUUAUGGUGCUUCAGAAGCUUCCCAGUUGCUGUCUUGUAUCCUAAGAAAGGGAACUAUUUCAUAAGUACAAAGAAACUUAUCCUCCAUGUUUUUUACCUUCUCAUUCUCUCAGCUCAUAUAUAGUUAAUGUAGAUUUUUUAAAAAUGCUAUAGAUUUCUACUUCUGAAGAUACUUGGAAAAAUUAUGAAAGCAAAAUAAAUUAUAAAUCUUUCCCUUUUAUCCCCUUUGUCCCCUAGCUUUCUUAUCAUUUUAGAGUUUUUUUUUCAGGUCACUAGAGUAUACCAGAGUAGUCCUCUUGUGAUCCUAGUAUUCUAAUGAAUGCACCUGGAUUUCUAUACUGUUCUGUUGAUCUUUCUCAAAAAUCAAAUGUUUGCCCUAGUACUUUUAAGUCCUACUACAUAACCUUAUGGUAAUCCAAAGAUGGUGUGGUACCGGCAAAGCCUCAGUACAUCAGAAGGACACACAAAUAUCCUUAGGCUUCGACAACAUUGAACAGUCUUUAGAUUAUUUCUCUUAAUGUUCUUCCUCCCCCACUCACAAUUACUUAGCCUAGGAAGGAAAAGAGAUUCUCAGUUAAGAGUUGUUGGCAAGUCUAAACAGUGUAUUAAAAAGAAAUAGGAUAGAACAAGACUAAUAAAAUCAAGCAAAGGUGGAUCUACUUUAACUAAACAUCAGGCAUUAUUUUUAUUUAUGGAGAAAAAAUGUCAGAAGUUAGGAUAAUGAAAAUUAUGCAUAGUUUUACAUAAAUUGUUAAGGAAAUACUGUCAACAUCAUUUUAUCUGAGAAUCAUUUGCAUCCUGCUGUACCUCGUGCUAGAAAUCAAAGGAACAUUUUUGUGACGAGAAAGAUAUAAACCAUUCACUAGAAAAUAAUCUAUUUGGGAUUAUUUGGGGAGAAAAAGUCCAUCAACAGAAUAUGUCUUCCUAGUAUUUCACCAUGAUCAUCCCAACCCCAUAAUGAUUAGAUGAAAAUAUCACUUAUCACCCAGAACAGGCAGCAGAGAGCCUUCUCUCAGAAAGGACACAUCAAAAACAUGAAAGAUCAAAAAAGGACAGGUUCUACUCCCUAAAGAAACAAAGAGACAGGACUACAUUUGAAUAGAAAGGUCAUUGCCAAAAGCCAAUAGCCAAUAAAGGUUGAUAGGUAAAAGAGAGAUUCUGAUUUUGGAAUUCAAGUGCAUAAAAAUGAUGUAAAAUCCUUAAACAAGGAAAAGACACACCACUAUUUCAAUGGUAGGCGUUUUCAGAACUGCCUCAGUAAUCAGAAUGAAAAUAUAAGGAUAAUCCAAAACCAGUUCCACAAUCCACCGGAAUUCUAAUAGCCCUUGUGACUUUAUUUACCUCUAUCUGGGAGGCAUUAGCUCACAUCACACAACACAGUGGCUGCUUUUCUGGUGAUGGUUAUGGAAGAGUUUAGAAAUGAGUCUCAGCCUUCAUUAUUCCAAACUGACAAAUCUUACUAAGACCAACUAAUGAAUCAAUCAGCAAAUGGGAAACAUGGGAGACAUUUAAAAAAAAAAGAUUUGAAAACCUCAAGAUUAAACUUUCCAAGAAUAUCAUUUGUCAAGCCAUAAGUCAUUCAGUGACAUAAAGGGCCUAAAAGACAUGAUGUUCCCCCAGAUGUAAUCCCCUUCCGACAGUAAUUCUACAAUAAGUAUUUUCACUAAUUUAAUAUACCCAUAGUUUUUUGUUUUUAAAUGAAAAAAGUCUGAGGGAGAUGGGAUAUUAACCUUUGGUUCUAAUAGGUUUCAAACUCUCCUGACCAGGUUUUAGGAUGAGGUGAGAACAGUGGCAGAGAGAUAAAGGACAAAAAGAAGAGAUGAACAAAACUGCUACUUUUCACCUCCCUCCAGGGUUCAUUCAGAAAAAUGUAUUAAAGGUCAUGAGCAAUCUGUGAAAAAGAAAAUAAAACUUUCUUAUAAGGAAAGCUGCUAAAUACUGGGAUAGGCUGAAUCUCUUUCCUAGAUACUCUUGUUAAGUAUGAAUUUUUAUCUGAAUGACUUCUAAUCCCUCCUACUAAUCCCAGAAUCUAAAUACAUAUAAUUUAGGAACAGACAAUAUAUUCUGGAUUUUGUGUAACUCUCAUUGAAUUUAGCAAUGUGACUACAGGCAAUUACUUUAACAAUUCCACCUAGCAAAUGUUAUCUUGCAUUACUUAAAAGUAUUUUUAUAGACGUAAACAAAGCUUAAAGAACUGCAUAUGAAAAUACUAUAUAAUAUUAAAUUCUUUUUCUUGACAGGGUUUGUCUUCAGUAUCGGGAGAGUUUCAAAUCCCCUAGACUAAAUGCAUGUUCUCCACUUUCAUCGAUGCUUUUCUUCAUAAAGUUAUAAUUUUGCUAUACCCUUGAAAUUUAAAAAAUGUUCUGAUAAAGUGUAAAAAGCUAAGGGUAUGUGGUUUUCAAUAUCAUAAACCUAAAAAUACUUAAGUUUUUAAAUUUUAUAAGUUUAUUUUGCCUACUCUUAAUCCAAAUCUAUUUUGACCUUCUUUUCUACCGGUUACCCCCAAACCACUAAAAGGCACAGCAGUGAUCUAUGAAUGGUGAGUGAGUCAGGCCAUAAGAUCGCUUCCUCAGUAAGGAUAUUCUAGGCCAUGUUGAAUUGAGGGUGGAGAAUGAAUACUGUGGUUUUCCUUAUCCUGUGAAACUCAGGGGGGGAUGCAAAAUGAGGAAAGUCAUCUUAAAGGUGUUUCCUUUCCAUUUAGCUUAUAAAUAAAACAGAGUUUAAGUGUGAGAACAGCAGAGCAGAACAAAGAGGCCUCCAAUUUGUUGUGGGCUUUUGCAAGCAUGGCAUAAAGCUGCUAAAGGCUAGAUAUUUCAGAGUAUGUAGUACACUCCAAACCUACCACUCCCUAACAGCUUCAACUUUGUGCCACCCACAAUCCUAGUGAGAAAUGAAAAGGUGUUGAAGGAAACCAAUAAUAUCCAAAGUUGUCUGCUUUUUAAAUAGCUUUUAAAGUAUCUAUCUGCCCCAGACAAAGUCAUUCCCAUAAUCUAGGCAGAAAUGGGAGUAUGUUGGCAUGGCCAACAAAAACUACAAACAUAUAGUAAAAAGGCAAUGCAGAUUAUGUAACAUGUAAUUACAGUUAGGCUUAACAAACAUGAACUUCAAGUGGUGUAUUUUUCCAAUGCUAAAAAGCAAGGCCUUUAAAAUUCCAUUAUCUUAGGACGUUUUUAAAUGAUUACUUUAAAUGUGAUUAUUUCCUAAACCACACAAGAGUAAAAUAGAGCAUUUAUUGAUGGAAUAACAAAAGUGCUUUUCUUAAAUAUUCUUCAAAAUACAUUUGUACAACUUACAAUAAUAUAUCCAAAAUAACUGUAUAUACAAAACAUUACCUAGUUUUAAUGUAUGUGCUUUUUUCCCCAAAAAUUACAAAGUAACUUCUUUUUAAUUUUUUUUGGCAAAGUUCAACCUUAACAGAGGUGACAAUUUUAAAGGUUGGUUUAAGAAAAUAGAACCUGAGGGAAAUUGACACGCAAGAGUCAAUGACAAGCAAGAGAUUUGGAGGAAUAUUUUUAGUUUGUUAAAUAAAAAUGUUUUUUAGAGUGAUACUUUUCACAUUACAAAAAUAAACCAAAAUGAAGAAAAGGUCACUGUAAAAUGAUGGAAAAAAGAUCUGUAGAUUUGCUUUUAGUAUUUCAAAUAGCCAACAAUGCAUGUCAGAAAAUGAAUGCAAGAUCACAACAGUCUUGUAUUUACUUUGUAUUU